AUGUGUUCAGUGAGUGUGUGUGUGUGUUUCUCUGCUCUUCUUCUUCUCCUCCUGCUGUUAGUCAGGCGUCUGCUGGAGGGUGUGGGCUCCUCCAGUGUGUCGUUCCCGUGUCUGCCGCGCCUGCCGCUGUUGGGGAGUUUACUGCAUCUGCGCUCCAAUCUCCCGCCACACCUGCUCUUCACUCAGCUGUCGUCUCAGUACGGGCCGCUGUUUGGGCUUUAUGCCGGGCCGCACCUCACGCUGGUGGUCAGUGAGAUCGGUCUGGUCAGAGAAGUGCUGCUGCAGCGGGGCAGAGAGUUCGCCGGACGGCCCAAGAUGGUGACCACCGACCUGUUGACUCAGGGUGGGAAGGACAUUGCGUUUGCAGACUACAGUCCACUGUGGAAGAACCACCGGCGUCUAGUGCACUCCUCGUUUACACUGUUCGGCGAGGGCUCAAAUAAACUGCAGACCAUCGUGCAGGAGGCGGCUGACAGUCUGUGUGAGGAGCUCCAGGCCUGCAGGGGUCAGAGUUCAGAUCUGAGUGUGGUGUUGAUGCGCGCCGUCACUAACGUGAUCUGCAGGCUGGUGUUCAGCUCCUCCUAUCAGCCCAGCGACCCCGAGCUGCAGACCGUCAUACAGUACAACGACGGCAUCGUGCAGACCAUCGCCAGAGGGGGACUCGUGGACAUCUUCCCCUGGUUAAGAAUUUUCCCCAACAAGGACCUGAAGAGGCUAAAGGAGUGUGUUUCCAUACGAGACCAACUACUGUACAAGAAACUGCUGGAGCACAAGAAGAGCCUGACACCUGGAGAGCCGCGUGACCUGCUGGAUGCUCUCCUGAUUGGUCAGCAAAGAGGGUCAGGUGGUGCUGAUGACAUCACAGAGGAUCACGUGCUGAUGACGGCGGCCGAGGCGUUCGGAGCUGGAGUGGAGACGACAUCCACUACACUACUGUGGACCAUAGCGUUCCUGCUGCACCACCCACAGCUGCAGGAGCGUGUUCAGGCAGAGCUGGAUGAGUGUGUCGGUGUGGAUCGUCCUCCGUGUCUCUCUGAUCGUCCUCAUCUGCCGCUGCUGGACGCUGUGCUCUGUGAGGUGAUGCGCAUCCGUCCCGUCAGCCCAAUCCUCAUCCCGCACGUCGCUAUGCAGGACACCAGUUUGGGGGGUCACAGUGUUCCUAAAGGGACGCGUGUUCUGGUGAACAUGUGGGCGAUUCAUCACGACCCCAAACACUGGGACCAGCCUGAGCAGUUUAACCCUGAGCGCUUCCUGGAGCCAUCAGGGAAGAAGAAGACUCAGUCCAGCUUCCUGCCGUUCGGUGCGGGUCCGCGGGUGUGUGUUGGAGAAUCUCUAGCCAGAAUUGAGCUCUUUCUGUUUGUCUCUCGCCUCCUGCAGCGCUUCAGCUUCAGCUGUCCAUCAGAGGCUUCAUUGCCGGAUCUGCAGGGCCGCUUCGGGGUGGUGUUACAGCCUGAGCGCUACACGGUCACAGUCACACCUCGACACUGA